AUGCUUCGUCUUAGGAGAUACCGCGUCUUCGUCGCGUGCGCCUUCGUCUUCGUCUUCUUGCUCUACCGAGUCUCUGUCAACUCGGCUUGGGACAAUAGUAAUUUCGACUACCAGCAAGCCGCCGUGCAACCCAACCCACAGCCUCAGGCUGCCGAGCGGGACCAGGUGCAGAAGCCACUCGCCGAGAAACCCCCACCAGUUGUCGAGGACACUUUUGCCGCAGAUGAUGCAGAGGAAAAGGUCAAGAUACCCAAACUCAAGACCACAACUGAAGUAAAGGAUGGCUUUGCCUUGCCACCUGCUCCCACCGUGGAGGAGCCCCUCGCACCGCUUGACCAAGGGAACCGCCCAGCACAGGAGCCGCCUGCCACGACCGAGCCGCCCACCCCUCUCAUCCCUGAUCGACGACCUGGCAAGGUUGGGGACACCUACCCACACGCGGUUGACGAGCCUCUACACAUCCAAGACCCGCCGGGCAGGUACCCAGACAGUCCUGUGGCCGCCACCACCACAUCAACCACCAUUUAUUGGGAAAAGCAACCAGAGUGGUUCCCAGUCCCCGAAGAUUCUCUGAUUCCUCUUCCCACCGGCAAGCCAAAGUCUGUCCCCAGGGUGCAGUAUAACUUCGGCUCUGAGAGCGUCGACACGAAGGCGAAGCGCGAGGACCGCCUGGCGCAGGUCAAGGCGGAGAUGAAGCGCGCAUGGGAGGGCUACGAGAAGUUCGCCUUUGGCCACGACGAGCUCGUACCCAUUGAGAAGUCUUUCAAGGACCCCUUUUGCGGCUGGGCGGCUACUCUCGUGGACGCCAUGGACACGCUCUGGAUCAUGGGCCUGAAGGAGGAAUUCGACUCGGCGUACAAGGGAUUGAAGGACAUCGACUUCACAACGACCCCGCAUCGUAACGAGAUCCCUGUUUUCGAAACUACAAUCCGGUAUUUGGGGGGUCUUCUUGCGGCAUACGACGUCAGUGGUGGCCACAAGGGCGACUAUCCACUUCUUCUGAAGAAGGCUGUCGAGCUUGCCGAGGUCUUGAUGGGUAUUUUCGAUACGCCCAACAGGAUGCCCGUACUGUACUACAAGUGGAAGCCGGCGUACGCCUCUCAGCCAAAACGGGGUAGCACACGUGCUGGCAUAGCAGAGCUCGGCACGUUGUCCAUGGAGUUCACGAGGCUAGCCCAGCUAACCGGAAAAGACAAGUACUACGAUGCUAUUGCUCGUAUUACAGAUGCACUGGAAGAGUGGCAAAAUCGCGACGACGAGACAGCCCCAACACUCCCUGGUAUCUUCCCCGAGAACGUGGACACGUCUGGAUGCAAUGCAUCAGCUACCGCAGCGAUCAAGGAGGCUAGCCUCAAAGCUCAGCUGCAGGCGGAGACCGCUGUUCUUGAGGAACCCCAGGGAUACGUUCCACCGGCGGCUGGAAGCUCAGGCGCGACCGAUGCGUCGACCCAGGGGAGGCCCAGCGUAGAGUUCCAGGUGAAACCGGGCGGCGGGGGAAGCCCCGACGUUGGUGGCUUUAGGAAUGUUGAGAAACGUCAAGUUGGCGACGACAAUGCACAAUUGGAGGGACCUUCUCGACAGCCGGGCCAGGUGCCGGACAUGACCCCUCCACAUACAGCAGCUUCUAGUACUCGCUUCCAGAGUCAUGAGCCAGCUGAGCCGCUCGCGGCGAAUGGUCUGCCUGCUGAUUGGGACUGUGUGGCUUCAAAUCUCACUGCGGCACCGGGUAUGGAGUCGUUCUCUAUGGGCGGAUCACAGGACUCUGCCUACGAGUAUUUCCCAAAGCAAUAUCUUCUCUUGGGCGGACUCGAGCCCAAGUACCGCACGCUGCAUGAAAAGACGGUGGCAGCAGUCAAGAAGUGGCUCCUAUUCCGUCCCAUGGUUCCGGAUGAGCCCGAUAUUCUGUUCUCCGCCAAGGUUAGAAUCUCCAGCGGCAACGACUUGAGUCUGUCGGAGAGAAUGGCGUACGAGUACGAAAUCACCCAUCUAACGUGUUUUCUGGGCGGCAUGUUCGGCCUCGGCGCAAAAAUCUUCGAUUCACCUGAGGACUUGGAAAUCGGCAAGCGUCUCACCGACGGAUGUGUCUGGGCAUACGCCGUGAUGCCGAGCGGAAUCAUGCCUGAGUACUCUCAUGUUGCUCCUUGCAGCGAUGCUGAGAACUGCCAAUGGAACGAAACAUUAUGGACCGAUGAAUAUUUGGACCCAAACCCCGAAUGGAGGGUUCAGCAGAUGGAGAACUAUCACGAGCGUGUCCGGCUCUGGGAGACUGAGAAACAGCAAGCCUUGCGCACAGAAGCCGAGAGACUCCAAGCAGCAGAAGAAUCGGCCCGAAAGACCCCAUACCCGUAUCCUGGUGAGACAAGACCGAAGACGGGACAGACUUCUCAGGAGCCAGGAGUGCCAGCUGGGUACAGCGGGGCGAACCGUGUCGGCAGCAGUAGCCCAGCAAGCAACGCAGACGGCUCUCCUAGGCGUUAUGACGACAUCGCAUCUCGGCCUGCGGUGCACAAGCGUGACCUUGACGAGGAGGCAUCUUUUUUGCCAACGCCUGACGCAUCCGACGACGUGCCGCCCGCUUUGACCGUGGACCCGGCAACGCUGGACCAGCAGGCCAUCAAGCAGAAGAUGAAGAAGCUCGAGGCGGAACUCAACCGCUACGACGAGACCACGGGCCGUACUUCGGAUUCAGGAGCCUUUGGUGGGACAGUGGGUCAGGUGCCCAUCGAUCAGGCUGUCAUCAACCUACCCCCACGACCAGUCAAGCCUGAUACUCAUGAGGAGUUUGUGCAGAAUCUGAUCGUGAGCGAGGGCCUUCCCCCAGGUUUCACGCGGAUUGGUGAUAAGAGAUACAUUCUGCGGCCCGAGGCGAUCGAGUCCGUCUGGUACAUGUACCGGAUUACAGGCGACCCCAUUUGGCAGGAGAAGGGAUGGAAGAUGUGGCAGGCGGUCGCCAAACACACGCGCAGCCAGGUCGCCAACGUAGCCGUCGACGGGGUCAACAACAAGGACGGCACCACCACACCCAUCGACUCCAUGGAGAGCUUCUGGCUGGCGGAGACGCUCAAGUACUAUUACCUUCUGUACUCGGAUACUGACCUCAUCAGCCUGGACGACUGGGUGUUGAACACCGAGGCCCACCCCUUCCCACGGCCUCGAUGA